AAUCAUAUCCAGACUGUAGUACUAACAUUUCAAGCCUAAAGAUUGGUUUACUUAAUAUUAGAUCUCUAAAUUCAAAAGCAGUUCUGGUGAAUGAAAUGAUAACUGAUCAGAAAUUCGAUGUUCUGUGUCUGACAGAAACCUGGAUUAGGCCAAACGAAUAUGUAGCAUUAAAUGAAGCCACCCCUGCAGGCUAUAAUUAUAUACACAAUCCGAGAUUGUCCGGUAGAGGAGGUGGGGUCUGCAUAUUUUUCCAAAGUACCUUAGUUAGCAAUCAGAAACACUAUGAAAAUUUUACUUCUUUUGAGCUUCUUUACACCAGUAUAAUUAAUCCAGUUACAAAAAGGAAUGCAUUUUCUUUAAUUAACAUCUACAGACCACCAGGGCCCUAUUUAGAAUUUUUAAAAGAAUUUAGUGAUUUUGUCACAGACUUAGCAGUAAGUAAUGAUAAAGUGAUUAUAGUUGGAGACUUCAACAUUCAUUUCGAAAAAUUGGAUGAUCCAUUAAAAAAGGCAUUCACAUCGAUUUUAGACUCAGUUGGUAUUAUUCAAAAUAUAACAGGACCUACUCAUUACUGUAAUCAUACUCUGGAUUUAGUUUUGACCCUGGGUGUGAGCAUAGAUAACCCGAAUAUUCGUUCUCAAACCUCCGCAAUUUCAGAUCAUUACCUUAUUUCAUUUAAAUUACAUCUUAGUCAUAAUAUACGUACAUCCCCUAGCUACUCUGUAAAACGUUCAAUUACGCCUUUUACAGCCCAACAAUUUACAGAUAAGCUUCCAGACUUAUCAACUCUAAUGUACUCUCCUAUAGACCCAGUAGAACUAGACAAACUAACCGAAGGUUUAGAAAAUACCUUUCGCUCUACCUUAGAUGUUGUAGCACCCCUUAAACACAAAAUAGAUAGACAGAAAAAGCUCGCACCGUGGUACAAUGAUCAAACUCGUACCUUAAAGCAGUUAGUACGAAAUUUAGAGCGUAAAUAUCGAUCAACUAAACUGGAAGUGUUUCACUCUGCGUGGAAAGACAGUCUUGUUAAAUAUAGAAAAGAACUUAAUAAAGCCCGCUCAGCAUAUCUGGCCUCACAGAUCGAGAUAAAUAAAAAUAAUCCUAGAGUUCUCUUUAGUGUUAUUUCCAAAUUAACUAAAAACCAGGCAGGUACUGAACCUCAGAUUCCAGCCAUUCACACCAGCAACGAUUUUAUGGACUUCUUCAAUAGUAAAAUUGAAAACAUUCGGGAUAAAAUUAAACAGAUAAAUAUUACAUCCUCUCUGUCAUCUGGUGUGGCUGAUCUAGAACAAAACCCUGUCACCAAAUUUAGGUUGGAAGUCUUUAACCCACUUCCACAGCUAGAACUAGAGAAAAUGAUCUCCUCUUCAAACAGCACAACCUGCACAGUUGAUGCAGUUCCCACAAAAUUAUUAAAACAGGUACUACCAGAUAUAAUUAAACCUCUCAGAAAUGUCCACAAGCCAGCUAUUGUUAGCACCUACUACACCAACACUCUAGACAAUGGUCGCUGCUCUAUGUUUGAACCAUGCCCUAAGUGUUACGUUGUGAAGGAAAAGUGCUACAACAACAAAGCCUCAGGUCUUCCUCAACCUGCCUAUGUGGAAAGUCCCGUCCGAAAGACUAUAACCGCGGACAUACAACAGAUGUUCCACUGUUAUAUCGUCAGGCCAGAAGACAGGAAUUUCUUGAGAUACCUUUGGUAUGCGGACAACAACCUGGAAAAUGCCAUCACAGAACAUCGCAUAAAAGUGCAUGUUUUUGGUAAUAGUCCGUCACCAGCUGUUGCCGUUUACUGUCUCAGACGAGCUGCUGAGGAGGGGGAGCGGGAAUUCGGUAAAGAAUCCAGGCAGUUCAUUGAACGUGAUAUUUAUGAUGAAGAUGGUCUGAAGUCCCACUCCAGAAAUGGCCAUCAACUUGCUCAAAAGAAUGCAGAACAUGCUAGGGGAACAUGUGAGGUCCAGAAAAUGGCUGACUUACCUCCUGAUAAACUGAGCAUGGAACCACCUUUCACACAUGUUGGGAUUGAUGUGUUCGGCCCCUGGACCAUCACUGCUUAA